AUGUUGGUACCUCCUCAAUUUUACAACGGUGAGAUAGUAGUAGAUUUGGAUAAUACCAUAUUUAAACUUGAGGCAGAAAAGGUGAUAGAGUUAUAUAAGAAGAGUAUAUAUAAUUAUUUAUUUAAUUCAGGAUAUUCAAAAAAUGACGAAGCAACUGUUGUAAGUGCUAUUAAUGUUGAUAAGAGAAUCAGAGAUUUAAAAAAAGAAAGACUUAAAAAUAUGGGAUAUAACGUUCAAUUCAUAUCUAUAUUGUUAACUUUCUCAAUAAUUUAUUUCGCAUGUAAGGGCAUAAUCGAACAUUUUAAGAGUCGUCAUAAAAAAACCUUACCCGAGGUUAAUAAAAAAUUAAAGAAAUGA